AUGCGUGACUACGACGACAACGGCGGCGACAGUUCACCAGGACAGGCCGUCAGCAGACGAACAGUUCUUCGACGACUUGCCAUGGCUGGUGUUUGCAGGCUGGGUGCGGGGGAUUUUUCCCGCAGUGACCCCCCAAAGGGGGUCAGGCCACCCAUAGCCCACACGGUGAGCAACACCAGGGGGAUUCUUGUCAGCUUGACCAAGAUCAAGGCCUGGGUGAGGCUCGAGAAGCUCAAUGGGGAGAACUUUGCCGCGUCUGACAAAGGCACUGGUGGUAUCACAUCCUGUAAAUGCAUGAAGGGCUGGCUGGACAUUGCACAGAGUGGACGCUUUCAGACUGAUGAUACUUUUCGACUCAUCCAAAUGAAAGUUGAGACAAAUGUAUUUGCUCAGUUGGUUCUCUUGAGUGAGCAACAUGACACUGAUGUCGAAAAGACAUCUUCAUUCCCAUUAUCACCUGUUCCAUGGGCCUUAGCAACAGAUGAUGGCUAUCCAGAGAAAACCGACAAAGCCAAACUGCUGCACUACCUGGAGACUGAUGCAAAGAAGCAUGAUUUGAUCGCUGUUGAUGCUGUGCAUACAGUAGAUGAGACUCCCUACACAUGCACUUGCAGCGUGCGAUCACCAGGCCUUGAUCUUGGUCAAGCUGACAAGAAUCCCCCUGGUGUUGCUCACCGUGUGGGCUAUGGGUGGCUGAAAGGGGGAAAUGGCACGGCUCACCUGGUUUAUUUCCUGAUUGAAGACGGCCAACGAACACCCUAUGUGACGUCAGUGUCCGGUAUCAAUAUCUCCACCACAAACCAUGGUUUUCAAAGAGUCCAGCUUCUAAAACCUGACAUACCAGCAGUGGAGUUUCCACCUGACACCUGGACCUUCAGCAUACUGGCACCUGAGGUGCAUGUUCCUGCGACAGAAACUACUUACUGGUGGCACACCACGCGUCUUCCGCCGCUUCGCCACAAACAUCACAUCAUUCAGUACGAAGGCGUGAUAGACAGAGGAAGUGAAGAUGUGGUCCAUCACAUUGAAGUGUUCCACUGUGUCGGCGUGGGGGACCACAUGCCAUUUUAUAGUGGACCAGGACAGGCUGAAAACAAACCACCAACACUAAGUAAAUGCCGAAACGUCAUAGGUGCAUGGGCUAUGGGAGCGGGGCCUAUUGUGUACCCUGAAGAGGCAGGUUCUCCCGUCGGAGGUACUGAUUCUUCUCCAUAUGUUCUAUUGGAGAUUCAUUACAACAAUCCAGAACAUAUACAAGGUAUAGUGGACAGUUCAGGGAUACGGUUUUAUGUAACUCGCCAACUGAGGCAGUACGAUUCCGGAAUCAUGGAACUAGGACUGGAAUACACCGACAAAAUGGCUCUACCCCCAGGACUUCCUUCUGUCUCACUUUCAGGAUUCUGUGUACAGACGUGUACUCAAGUCGGUGUUCCAUCCAGAGGGAUACACAUCUUCGCCUCACAGCUCCACACACAUUUAACAGGGAAAAAAGUGUACACUCGCCAUGUUCGAGACGACAGGGAAUUACCAGAGCUUAAUCGCGACAAUCAUUACAGUCCCCACUUCCAAGAGAUCAGGCGGCUGCCAGUUCCUGUCAACAUUCUCCCUGGUGAUGCGCUGGUUACUACAUGUGAGUACAACACAGUGUCGAGGAAGAACGUCACUGUGGGGGGUCUUGCCAUAACAGACGAGAUGUGUGUAAACUAUGUCCACUACUACCCCCGUGUGGAUCUGGAAGUAUGCAAGAGCUCCAUUGAUACAUCAGCAUUACAGUCGUUCUUCAAAUUCAUGAACAAAAUGGAAUUGCAGCCGACCUCUCCACUGAAGACUAGCCGUGCUAACUACCACGGAAUUGAUUGGAACCCUCUCAACAUACACCUGUUGGAAUACUUGUACGACACUUCAUCACUUUCUGUGCAGUGUAACAAAUCAGAUGGACAACGAUUUUGUGGUACCUGGAAUGGUGUUCCGCCUACAAGUGCCUUCAGUGGUCUCAUGCAUCAAGGAAGCAUAUGCAAAGGAUCGGACUCGCCCAUCUUGCUAAGGAAUAUAUAAAGUCUAGACAUUGAUGAUGAUGUUCGUCAUUGGCUUGUGAAGAUGAAGAUGACUUCUGAUCACGGGGGUUGGAGAUGGAUGAUGAGGCCAAUUCUCGCUCGAAUAACAGAUAUUACUAUCAUUAUACAAAAUAUAAAAAUUCACUGAAAACACAUCGUGAAGUUCAAAAGUGUAUAAAAAUACAAUAAUAAAUUAAUAAUGCUAGGAUCAUAAGGCAAACAUAUAGCAGAAGUUAAACUUCAAAAUGUUUUGAUUUGUCUUAAUAUCACAAUAACCAAGAUGG